AUGCUGCUCCAACCCCGAGCCUACCAGCUUGCCCAGGUCCCCGACCGCAACACCUCCCAACAAGCCUCACCCUUCCUCCAGUGGACGCCGACGAGGAGGGAGAAGCUGCUCCACGAGCGCACCGCGCGCAGCAUGUUGCUCGUCCACCAGGCGGGCAGCGUCAAGGUCGGCGAGAUCGUCCGCUACACCCUCACCUAUACCCCAGCGAACGACCGCAUCCUCCCGAGCCCAACCCACCUCCACCUCAAGAUAAAGAACUCGUCCGCAAUCCCGCUGCGCGCCGCCUAUCUCCACGGCCCUUACACUCUCCACGUCGCCGCAUACCCCUCGACCUUCAAUCCGAACCACAAGGUCGAGAACCCGAAGAAAGAUGGCAUUCCGGAUUUUGAGCCCAACCUCAAGGCCGGCGGCUCCUGGGGCUCGCGCUUGCUCGUGCCCGAGCACAUCCGUGAGUCUGGCGGCAAGACUAGCGUGAAGCGCGGCGCCGAUGGCGAGGCCCGGAGCGUCACCUGGAUCAUAGAGAUCACCUCGCAGAUUCUCUUCUCCAACAGUGCGUCUGUGAACUUCGAACUGCUGGUGGGCCGGGACGAGAGGAGUCUGGACUAUGGAUUUGCGGCGGUUGCAGGACAAGGCCAAGGCGGCCCGGGUCAAGUGGAGGAUCACCAACAGGGCAAGAGACACGAGGGGCGUCAUCCGGCCCAGCCGAAGGGCGUCUAUUCUAGAGCCAUCCGUUUGGUUGUCGAUGACACUACCAGUCUGUGGGACAAGCCGGCACUGCCGGAAUGGGAGGCCGACGGCGACAAGCCUCGGACAUCGAGGGACGGGAGGGACAUCCAUCCGAAGGACGCAAACAAGGUCGAGCGGCGGCAAAACGUCCACAUCGUCAUUGUCACCCAUGGUUUGCACAGCAACCUCGGUGCGGACAUGCUCUACCUGAAAGAGAGCAUCGAUGCCGCCGCGAAACAAGCAAGGGAAGAGGCGCGUAAGCGGAGGAGAGCGGCUCGCAAAGGCGAUUCAUCCAAAGCAGCACCAACCCCUGGAAGCCAGGCCGAUGGAGGAGAUCUGCAAGACAGCUCGACUGCUCCUCUUUCCGGAGGCCAGGACGAUCUCCCCGAGGAAAGCGCUGAAGAUGAUGAUCCUGACGAGGAACAAGUCGUUGUCCGAGGCUUUGCUGGCAAUGCUGUUCGCACUGAGCGGGGCAUUCAGUAUCUGGGUAAGAGGCUUGCCAAAUACGUCCUGGGUCUAACGUACCCAGAUCAGCCUUUUCUUCCUGUGAAAAAGAGUAUGAAGAAGAAGAUGUCCACCACAUUUUCGAAGCCUCCAGCUGACGAUGCCAUACCUGCGCACUCCGGGAGCACCGUACAGCAUCCACCCCAUCAUUCCAAGCACGAAGGCCGGGCUUACAAGUUCACGAGUAUCAGCUUCGUGGGACACUCACUUGGAGGCCUCGUGCAGACCUAUGCUAUAGCAUAUAUACACAAACAUUCUCCCGAAUUCUUCCAAAACAUCAAGCCUGUCAACUUCAUCUGUAUGGCUUCGCCGCUGCUAGGACUGAGCAAUGAGAAUCCAAUGUAUGUCAAAUUCGCGCUCGACUUUGGUCUUGUUGGCCGCACGGGACAAGACUUGGGUCUCACCUGGAGGGCUCCAACCAUUGCACGAGGUAGCUGGGCAGCCAUGGUCAGUGGUUUUGGCACGGCCCAGAAGGAGCCGAAGCCGGAGGAUCCUGGCGCAAAACCUUUGUUGCGCAUUCUCCCUACCGGUCCCGCGCACCAGGUUCUGAGGAUGUUCCGAAACCGCACCGUUUACUCCAAUGUUGUGAAUGACGGAAUAGUGCCACUCCGGACUAGCUGCCUGCUCUUCCUGGACUGGAAGGGUCUUGGCAGGGUGGAUAAGGCUAGAAGGGAAAACGGCCUGGUUGGCACAUUGGCAAGCUGGGGUUUUGCCGAGUUGACUGGUCAGAAUUCGUCCCCAAAUCCGUCGAGACUGGCAUUCGAUCGAGAAGAAGACAACAGCGGAACCAGCACUCCGGUUGGUGGGGGUAACAAUGAUGCGGCUGUGCCGCAACCUGCUGAAGAUGCUGUCAACCAAGACCAGACGGCAUCUACUACCGGCGAACCGCAGGCAAACCAGUUCUUGUCCGAACAGCAGAUGCAAGCUGUGCAAGAAGCAACUUCACCUACAUCUCCUCGUAAAACAAGUGCACCUGGUACUUCGUCGAACAAGAGUCCGGGCGCAUCGAAUCCUUUCAGUGGAUUCAUAAGCUAUCUCAAAGGCGCAACUACGACUCCGAAGGAUAAGAAGAUGUUCAAGAGAAGCCAGACAAUACAGCAGACACCGGAAUCGAGCCCACCUUCGGACACAACGGAGCGAUCUCCUCCUCCACAUGGACGACCACUCGCAUCCAGGGGGGAUUCCACGAUAAACAAUAGCCUUGCUCCUCCGAAAACCACCAUCUUCGAGUCGGCUGGUGAUAUUCUCAACCCUCCGAUCCCACCGACUGACUGGAUAACUGAUCCGUCCACUCGCUCUCGGACCAUUUUCCACGAUCGUGUCUAUCAUCCAGAAGACAUUCCCGCUCCACCGGUGAAGAGACCCAAGGGUCUAGCGCGAUCUUUCUCCUCAGAUCACAGCAUCACCAGUGUCUCGACAAGUGACUCGACCGAAUCGGGCAGUGGGAUGCGGGUGGAAGAGAAGAUCGCACGUUCCUACCACAAGGAUCUCUCAUGGCGGAAGGUGCUCGUACGAUUGGAGCCUGAUGCUCACAACAAUAUUGUUGUACGGCGGAUGUUUGCCAAUGCAUAUGGAUGGCCAGUCAUCAAGCAUAUGUGUGACACCCAUUUUGCAGACACUUACGCUGCACGGACGCGGGACGAAAAAGAGCCUGCCAUUGACCGAGCACAACGACCAAACUCUGCCAUCACUGCAGACGGGGAGGAGGUGGAGGGCCAAAGCUCCAAGACGCCUCCACCGCGCUCCCCUUCGGAGAUGCGCGAAGCUGCUGACGAGCUUGCUCCGUUGCGUGAAGACAGCAUCGCCAGCGAAGGCGCUGGUAGUUCCACUCAAUAUCCUCAGGAUCACUUGCAUUCGUCUCACCACAGUGGCAAGACUCUGCGUCGAGAGGACAGCUCGCUCUGGGACGACACGUACUUCGAAGGCACCGAGGAUGAUUCGGACGACAUGGACGACGAGGCGCAGGACAACCGAGGCUACUUCCAGCGCUUUCUCUCCCCUGCGCCACCGGGCAAGGCCCGGAAGAAGACGACGGCGCCCACCAGCGCUCCUCCCUCGGAUCAGGCCACGAUGAACGGCGAAGAGCGCUCCGAAGCAGGCACGAGCUCUGCUGAAAUCGCAAGCUUCCUGACCGCAAAAGCGCCCCCUCCAGAGGUUCUCAUCGAGGGACACAGAGGACUCAGCCCGGUGAUGAGCAGUCCGAGGGACAAGCCCAAGAGCUCAGGGUCUGGGGACAAAGGCAAGGCUGCUGCUGAUGCUGUUCCAACCGGCAGCCGUCCUACAAGCUCGAUAACUCGUCCGGAAGAGGUGCCGUUGCCGAGCCCGUCUGGGACGACGGUCCCGCUAGGUGGAGCGGCGGAAGUCGGUUUGCGGAAGAGUGUUGAGGAGCUCAUUAGGAGCCCGGUCGCAGUGGACAGGCGGGGUAGUGGCGAUGCGGCCGGUAGUCCUAUCACCAGUGCCACUGUCACGGAGGAGGUUGCCAAGGCGUUCAGUGUCGCUGGAUCUGCUUCAGAACAACGUUCGCAGCAGCAGCAGCAACAGCAACCGCCAUAG